UAAACCAUGGUCAAUGGUCAAUAACCAGACAUUCAAUAUGGCAUGCCAUGAGUACUAUUUGAGAUUUUUCUCUCUUUCGUAGAUCGAAACAAUAAUCUCAUCGCAUUGUUGGGCUAAGACGAUAUUCAAAUUAACAGGAUGACAGACAAUAGGAUUGAAGAGAGGCUACUUAUUGAAACAAGACCAGCAGAGGCAAAAGGGAGUAGCCUCAAAGGCAGAGUUUGGGAGGAAGAAAAGAAGAUAUGGAGAGUCACUUUUCCGGCGAUGUUGUCCCGAGUCACCAACUUUGGAUUCUUUGUGGUCACUCAGGCAUUCAUCGGUCACGUUGGCGAGACUCAGCUCGCCGCCUAUGCCCUCAUUCAGACCAUCGGUGUUCGUUUCGCUUUUGGAAUACUCUUAGGCAUGUCGAGUGCUACCGAAACUCUAUGUGGUCAAGCCUUUGGAGCCAAGCAAUAUCACAUGCUCGGCAUCUACCUGCAGAGGUCGUGGAUCGUUAACUUUGUUACCGCGACAAUCAUAGUUCCCAUAUUCAUCUUCAGCACCCCAAUCUUCGAGCUACUUCAGGAAGAGGACUCGAUUGCGGACUCGGCGGGGUACAUAGCCCUGUGGUUCAUCCCAAUCAUCUACUGCUUUUGUUUCAGCCUCACUAUCCAACAGUUCUUGCAGUCCCAGCUCAAGAACUCGAUAAUCGGUUGGCUCUCCUCGAUCUCAUUCGCACUCCAUGUGCUCUUGUCAUGGCUGUUUGUCAAUGUGCUCGACUGGGGCAUCCCAGGAGCAAUGAGUGCAAUGAUCAUGUCUAGCUGGUUCGUGGUGAUUGGGGAGUUUGUGUACAUGUUUGGAGGCUGGUGCCCUCGUACAUGGAAAGGGUUCACUGUGGCUGCUUUUGCAGAUUUGUGGCCAGUCAUAAAGCUCUCGGUUUCGUCAGGGGUGAUGCUGUGCUUGGAGCUAUGGUACAGUGCAGUUCUAGUUCUGUUGGCUGGGUACAUGAAGAGAGCCUCGGUCGCAAUAUCAGCAUUCUCCAUUUGUCUUAACAUCAUGUUAUGGGAGUUCAUGAUCUGCCUCGGGUUCCUGAGCAGCGCAGUUGUGCGGGUCGCUAACGAAUUGGGGCGAGGGGAUGCUAAGGCUGUAAAGUUUUCUGUCAAAGUCAUAUUAGGCAAUUCGAUCAGCAUCGGGGUCAUUUUCUGGAUUCUCUGCCUAGUCUUUGGCCAUCAAAUCGCCCAUAUAUUCACGAGCAAAAAGGAGGUCAUUGAAGAGGUCACCAACCUCUCUGUGUUGCUUGCCUUCUCCAUUCUGCUGAACAGUAUUCAGCCGAUUUUCACAGGGGUGGCAAUUGGUGCUGGAAGGCAAACUAUGGUGGCCUAUGUCAAUGUUGGGUGCUAUUACGCAAUUGGGGUGCCUCUAGGAGUUGUGCUCAGUUAUUUGGCCAAUCUACAAGUUCGGGGCAUAUGGAUCGGUAUGAUAAUUGGAGUAGCAACGCAGACAAUGGUGCUCGGCUUUAUCACCUACAGAACCAACUGGGAUGAGCAGGUGCAUAAAUCAUCAGAGCGGCUUAACAGAUGGUUCCAAAGAGAUGAAGAAGACAGCACCAACAGCAGUUCUACAAGUGCAACUCAUAAAUAACAAUGAGCUACAACUUCAAGUCGUUUCUAUCAUUUUUCUUUUCCAGAUGGAUUUAUAAGACACCGAUGAAGAUUGAGAUUAUCCAGAUCAGACCAAUGCCUUUGACGCUUUUAUGCCAAGCAAGAGUCAUAAUGUUUUUUCUUUUGUGAGUCAGUUCUCUGGAAAUUGGUACGUGCAUCCCGAGUCUUGACCAUUUCUUUGGGCUGCAUAUAUAUUCUACUAGCUGCUCUGUGGGAAGAGAAGCGUACGAAUUCGAUCA